CUCUGUUCUUCUAUAUAUAAAAGCUCCCCCACCUCUCCUCUCGCCGAGCGGCCUCAUUCCUCUGUCUCCAACAGCAUUUCCUCUAGCCAUAGAGAAGAUUAAGAAUAGAGUUGCAAAUGGAAACUUCUUGCAGUUUAAUAAUAAUCACGUCCCUCGCCCUUGCCCUUUUCUCCUGUCUCCGUAUUACGAAACAUGGCAAGCAAAUGAGGAAGCUGCGCCUGCCACCAGGCUCCAUGGGCUUGCCCUACAUCGGCGAGACGUUCCAGCUUUACUCACAGGACCCAAAUGUCUUCUUCGCUUCCAGGCUUAAAAAGUAUGGUGAGAUCUUUAAGACGCAUGUGCUAGGUUACCCGUGCGUGAUGCUGGCAAGCCCAGAAGCGGCGAGGAUGGUGUUGGUGAGCGAGGCUCAUCUCUUCAAGCCCACCUACCCACGGAGCAAGGAGCAGAUGAUCGGCCCUUGGGCGCUCUUCUUCCAUCAGGAUGAUUACCAUGCCCGCAUACGGAAGCUAGUGCAGGCCUCGCUCUCGCCGGAGUCGCUCCGCCGUCUUGUCCAUCAAAUUGAAGGCACCGCAGCUGCCAUUCUCCGCUCCUGGGAUGGCAAUGUCCUCAGCACCUUCAAAGUUAUGAAGAAGCUCUCCUUCGACGUCGGCAUCCUCGUCAUCUUCGGCAGCCAUUUGAGCGAGCAACGCAAGAAAGCGCUGGAAAAAAAUUACUUCAUCGUUGACAAGGGAUACAAUUCUUUCCCCACCAACUUUCCCGGAACUCUGUUCAGCAACGCCAUUAAGGCGAGGAAGAGGCUUCGGGGGAUACUUAACGAGAUCAUGAAGGAGAGGAGAGAGAAAGAAGCAGCGGUGGAGAAGGAUCUAUUGUCAUGUUUUGUAGAGUGGAGAGAUGAGAAAGGAGAACAAUUGAGUGAUGAACAGAUCUCCGACAACAUUAUCGGCGUACUCUUCGCGGCGCAGGACACAACGGCCAGCGUUCUUACGUGGAUCGUCAAGUAUCUCAACGACGACCCAAAACUUCUCAUGGAAGUAAAGGCCGAACAGAUGGCAAUUUAUGAGUCGAAUGGAUGUGGAAGACAGCCAUUGACGUGGGCCCAAACCAGGAGCAUGCCUCUCACUCAUAGGGUUAUAAUGGAGAGCUUAAGGAUGGCAAGCAUCAUCUCUUUCACAUUUAGGGAGGCUGUGGCUGAUGUGGAGUAUAAAGGGUAUCUUAUCCCCAAGGGAUGGAAGGUGAUGCCUUUAUUCAGGAAUAUCCAUCACAAUUCGGAAUUUUACUCAGACCCGGAGAAAUUUGAUUCUUCUAGAUUUGAGGUCUCACCUAAGCCCAACACCUUCAUGCCCUUCGGAAAUGGCGUUCACUCUUGCCCUGGGAACGAGAUCGCCAAGCUUGAGAUGUUUUCCUUUAUCCACCAUUUGGUGACUCAAUACAGAUUCGAGGUGGUUGGGUCUCGCAAUUCGGUGGAGUAUAGUCCAUUCCCUGUUCCCAAGCACGGUCUCCCCGUCCGACUUUGGCGUGCAGAGCACAUCAGAGAUAGUGCGGGCCAGUGACAAGCAGGUCCUUGAAGAGAUGUCGAGACGCACUGUGUGCAACAAAACCUGGCAUAUUUGCGUUCGUCUCGCUAUUUUUACUUCAACGACGCCAAAAUAAUUUCUGCGUAUCCAUCUCUAAGAGUGGCUCGCAACCUCGUCGUUACUCUAUUUUGUUUUUGUUUUUGAUUCCUCUUAAUUACAGCAAUUAAAGAUUCCCCAGUCUUCUUCAAUGUUUUAUGCAACGUUUUCUCAUAGUACAAAUAUUAUUUGGUCCCAAAUGUGGAAUGCCAAAUUGCAAAUAAACGACAG